AUGUCAGGGGAUGAACGGAUGUAUGAAUCAACUGCUGCAGAGGACCUGCUCCCCAUGCUGCUUGACCGGAUGGAUAUCAUUGUUGGCUGGCUGCAGAAUUGCGUCUCCUGGUUGCUGUGCUGGGAGGAGAUUGUGACCAUGACUGGAGAGGAGGGCGGUGCUGCUGCCUGUCCUAGAGAUCUGGGUGAGCAAUUUUGCGAAAAUGCGCUUGAGAAGCAGGCAGCCUGGUGUAGCAGAUAUAAAAGGAACACCACAGGAGCUGAACAGAAGAAAGAAUCAGAAAGUACAGUCCCUUAUCAUGAAGAAGAUAAGGAGCAACCCACCUUUGACCCCUGUGGCAAAACGGGUGGAAUGGUAGAGAAAUGUGAUGGACUAACAAAUCAACAAAGACCUCUACACAUCGUGUGGCCUCACAGGUGGAAACAUGACAAAGACCUUGAGGCCACCUUCAAGACAAUACUAAAGCUGAAAGAGAAGGGACUAAACUUUCAAGUGUCCGUCCUUGGUGAGACCUUUACUGAUGUGCCAGACAUCUUCACAGAAGCCAGAAAAGACCUAGCUGCCUGGGUCUCACAUUGGGGCUACAUAUCCAGCAAAGAAGAUUACUUCAAAGCUCUGUGUGAGGCAGAUGUUGUAGUUUCAACAGCCAAACGCAAUUUCUUUGGAGUGGCAAUGUUAGAAGCUAUUCAUUGUGGGUGCUAUCCACUCUGCCCAAACAUUUUGUUUUAUCCUGAAAUAUUUGAUGCUGAAUAUCUGUACUCUACACCUUAA